GCAACUGGCAACAUUUCGUAAACAAAAAUGGCUGCCUCCAUGUACAUAGUUGCCCUUCGCAGAGGCAGCGUUCUUCCGUUGCAGCAUCUUCAUAAUGCUAGCUCUAGAGUGCCUACCCUUGAUACCCGAAGACAUGCAAGUCUCAGGAAAGAUCAGAAGGAAAAACUAGCUGAUGGGCCAAGUCUGGAAGAUUUCAUUGCUGGAGAUGUCCCUGAGUAUUCAGGAGAGGGAAGCAUCAAAAGAGUGAAGGGAGAAAGGUUGAGAUUACCUGAAUGGCUGAAAACAGAAAUUCCUGUUGGGGAUAACUACAAAACUCUGAAAAAGUCUUUGAGGAAUCUGAAUCUACACACAGUAUGUGAGGAGGCACGAUGUCCCAACAUUGGGGAGUGUUGGGGAGGUGGGGAGCAUGCCACUGCCACUGCUACUAUCAUGGUGCUGGGAGACACGUGCACUCGUGGCUGCAGGUUUUGCUCGGUGAAAACUGCCCGUAACCCACCCCCUCCAGACCCGGAGGAGCCUGUGAACACGGCUGCAGCCAUUGCCGAGUGGGGACUUGACUACGUGGUGCUCACAUCUGUAGAUAGAGACGAUAUGCCUGAUGGAGGAGCAGCCCAUUUUGCACAAACUGUGAGAGAAAUCAAGUCAAGAAAUUCUUCCAUCUUGGUGGAGUGUCUAACCCCAGACUUUCGAGGUGAUAUGGAGGCAGUCACUGUGGUGGCAGACUCUGGCCUUGAUGUAUACGCCCACAAUGUGGAAACAGUCGAGGCCAUGCAGUGGAUGGUGAGGGACCCCAGAGCUAACUAUGCCCAGUCUAUGGCCGUUCUGACACACGUCAAGAAACGUCACCCCAAGAUGGUCACCAAAACUUCCAUCAUGCUGGGUCUUGGGGAAACGGACGACCAAAUCCUGCAAACAAUGGAAGACUUGAGAAAGAUUGAUGUGGACUGCCUGACCCUGGGGCAGUACAUGCAACCUACAAAGCGGCACCUCAAGGUCAAAGAGUAUGUGCAUCCAGACAAGUUCCAGUACUGGCAAGAAGUUGGGGAUAAGCUUGGCUUUGCUUACACUGCCAGUGGGCCUCUGGUUCGCUCUUCCUACAAGGCUGGUGAAUUUUUCCUGAAGAAUCUCCUUGAACAGCGGAAGUCAGAGUCACCCUAAGAACCCUGGGCUUGGUGUCAUAUGCUUUGUGAUGUAUUGAAACUUAUUAUGAAUGCUGCAGAUUGUUCUCACAGAUGUUGUUUUUACAGUUAGAUCUGCAAAAUGUCAAAAUGUAAUUGUUUUUAACUGAUGUAUAACGGGUGUCAGUGUCCUGACUAGUUAUGUGUGACAAGUGAGUUCCCCGUGGUAUUAUAUUUGUAGAACCCAUCAUGAUUCUAAAACUUCAUUUACUUUAGAUGGGAGGAAAAGAGGAGGAAAAGGGGGAGGAAGGGGUGGCAACGAGGAGUCCUAAGAUUAUUUUCCUUAUUCAUUACUUCCACUUUGUUUUAAGUUACUUUUUAGUGUAUAUAUUUGGUGAAGGUGGAUGAUUCACAAUUCAUCCUGGUGCGUGAUGACUGGUACUUAGAUUGCUGUAGGACUCCAUUGCCUUGAAUUUGAGUAUAUAUUUGGCCCAAAUGGAAAAGACCUAGUCCGUCUUAAGGUGAUCAUUAUGCCUUUUACCGGUUUUAUUACGUUUAGGACAGUACCUACAAUUUUCCAAGAACGUAUACUGGUUUUUGGCUAAGAAUUUACUAGAAUGUGUUUGGUAGGUUGUGCUAAGGAAGGCUGUUCCCCCUCAUCUGGUUACCUGGUUGUGGUAUCUCUGGCUCGGAGGUUAACGUGUAAUGUCUCAGCAUUAUUAUCGGUUGGAAGCUACUUUAAUGUAUCUCAUUCCCCCUUAAAUCACCCUGAAGACCUUGUUUGGUUUCCAGUUCUCCUCCGCCCCCUCCCUUUCCACCAAAGCUGCGAGCAGCGAACAGCAGUACAGAGCUGUUUUGUGUCUGUGUUGUUAUGUUAUGCAUUGAUUGUAGUAGUGUUAAUCAUUGUGAAAUAAGUUUGUGUGUGAAAGGCUGCUCCAUUAGCUCAGUUGGUAUCAUGCUGGACCAUAACAAAACAGAUGGCCUCGGUUCGAAUCCCAGACUGGGCGUUCUUGCACUCAGAUAAUUUUGUGGACUUUUCAAGGCUGUCAACCUAUUUGGCCUGGUCCUAUUGGAGACGGACGUUAAAUUUGUAGGCCCUACCUCUUUAAAAACCUAAUAGUGUUGAUAUGGGUGUUAUACCCAUACACUAAUACGAUUUUUGUGAGGUUCAAGGGAGUGAGUUUGUCUUUUUUUUGUGUGUGUUUUCUCGGUUGAUCACUCUUUGUAUUGUAUGAUUGAAAUCUUGUCAUUAAAAGGGCUUUCAUUUGCUAACAUUUAGUGUCAUGUCAAGGCAAAAUGUUUUCUCUUGAUUUUGAGCAUGCAAAGUGUUGUUACUUGUGAAAGAAACAGUGAAUGAAAGAAAUUAUGCCUCCUUACAAUAUUUUAGAAUGUUAAUGUGAUAUUGUACAUAUAUACUAAUCGGACCUGGAUUUUUGUUUUGUUGGUUCUCAUAUUAAAGAUGUAUGUAUGAGGAGUGAAUAGUCAGCAUAAUUUCUUUCUUAACCUCAGCACAACGAUUGUUGUUGUUUCUCUACAGUCUUUAUUUUGUAUGUUUGUGUUAGUCUCUUUUUAAGUUCAGAGAGGCCAAUCAUCAUAGUCAUAGGGAUAAAAAUUUUUUUUAUAUUUUUGUUAAUUACUGUUCAAAUGAUGUUGGUAAUAAUUCAACUGUAACAGUCGCAAACAGUGUAAAUUUGAAAUUAGGUCAGGUUUUACUUUGGUCUGAAAGAUUGCUGGGAGACCCGUCUUGCAUCAUGUCAAGUUAAUAUAGUGCCAGUUUACGAUGUGAAAAUUUUGAAAUGGGAUUUUGGCGCUAAGCAAGUAUUCAUCCAUUUCGUGACAGGCUUGACAUUGUCACACUAUUUUCCUUGAAAGUAGAAAUCUAAGACAUAUAUGUUUUGCGACUGUUACUGUCAAAUUGAAUUUUUUUUCUGAUACACUGUCGAUUCACAAAAUGCAGUGCCAUGGAAAGAAAAACGCUUGAAAGUGUCGGGAAAAUGUAGAAAUCAUUUAUUUUUUCAAUACAACCGCGUGUAGUUCAGCCAAACAUAUAAAGAAUAGACACAAGAACUGAUUACAAGCUUGUUGUAUCUCUGGAUCCUCAGUAUAGUGUCCAUUUGUGUUAAGCAUCAUAUUGCUUGUGAAUGCAGUAGACACAGUAUUAUGAAAUAGAAACAAACCCCAAGAGUUGUUUUAAUUUAUCUCAUCUAGUAAGUGAACAUCUUUCACCUAAAGGGUGCAACAUCAAAUUCACUCGCACCGCUGUCAAAGACUAGAUGUCAUUUCUCUGUUCCUUUCCUUUGUGGAGACAUGUUGGUGACAUUACAUGGCAGUGCUGUCGUACAGUUGGUGGGUUCUGUGCUGUGGUCUGCUCCUUCUUUUCACUGUUAGGCCUUUGUUGGAAACUUCAUUUUCUUGUUUCUUUAGAAAAAUUUUUAUUUCGUAGUCUAAGAUGUGUUUCUAAAUUGUUAUAUUAGUUUUUCUAACGAAAACACUAUCCUCAUUUGAUUAGUUGCACUUAAAAAAAAAUUAUCUUCCACUGUUAAGUUGAAGUCAAGAUUUAUUGAAGCUCUGAAAAUAAAUGAAAUGCAAAGUAUUA